AUGGUUCCAACGGGGUGGGUUGAGUCUAGUUCAUCUUUCUCUUCCAUUGAUCGCUGGAAUCCUCCCAGAUCUGGGAUUUUUAAAGUCAACUUCGAUGGAGCUAUCUUUGAGCAGAAGCAUGCAAUUGGUGUUGGAAUUGUAAUUAGAGAUGACAAGGCUUUUUUUGCAGCUGGUAUGUCAAGGAAGCUUUUUGCACAGAAUGAUGCUAAGACGGCAGAGACAAUGGCAGCAACGGAAGCAUUGUCAAGAACAAGGCUGUCAAGAAAUAAUAUUGGAAGGAGAUUCCUCGACGGUCAUGAAAAGCUAUCGUUCAAGCCAACCUGCCAGUCUUCCUUAACCUCAUCAGAGCCUGACAGACGUAGGACAUAUCAUCUUCUCUCUCUCGAUCUUGUCGAUUGGAAACCCUAA